CGCAGUCGGGCGGUGUCGACCCUCAGCAUCCAGCAGGGCUCUGCGGGCGGAGCUUGCGGUAGCCCCGUGAGGCGCGGCACUGGGCCGCGGCUCCAGAGUCAUGGGCGAGAGGCAAGGCCCACAUCCAAAUGCUGGUACCAACCCGUCAGUGCUGUUCCUGCACCCAGACCUGGGCGUGGGCGGUGCCGAGAGGUUGGUGCUGGACGCCGCCCUGGCGCUGCAGGCGCGUGGCUGUAGCGUGAAGAUCUGGACGGCUCACUACGACCCUGGCCACUGCUUUGCAGAGAGCCGGGAGCUGCCGGUGCGCUGCGCCGGGGACUGGCUGCCCCGUAGCUUGGGCUGGGGCGGACGCGGCGCCGCCGUCUGCGCCUACGUGCGCAUGGUCUUCCUGGCACUGUAUGUGCUGUUCCUCGCUGACGAGGAAUUCGACGUGGUGGUGUGCGACCAGGUAUCUGCCUGUAUCCCUGUGUUCAAGCUGGCCAGGCGACCUAAGAAGAUCCUAUUUUACUGUCACUUCCCAGAUCUGCUUCUCACCAAGAGAGAUUCUUUUCUUAAACAGCUGUACAGGGCCCCCAUUGACUGGAUAGAGGAAUAUACUACUGGUAUGGCAGAUUGCAUCUUGGUUAACAGCCAGUUCACAGCUGCAAUUUUUAAGGAAACUUUCAAGUCCCUGUCUCAUAUAGACCCUGAAGUUCUCUAUCCAUCUCUGAAUGUCACCAGCUUUGAUUCAGCUGUUCCUGAAAAACUUGAUGACCUUGUCCCUAAGGGAAAAGAAUUUCUGUUCCUCUCUAUUAACAGAUAUGAAAGGAAGAAAAAUCUGAACUUGGCAUUAGAAGCCCUCAUGCAGCUGCGGGCAAGAUUGACUUCCCAAGUCUGGGAGAAAGUUCAUCUGAUCAUAGCAGGUGGUUACGAUGAAAGAGUCCAGGAAAAUGUGGAACACUAUCAGGAAUUGCAAAAAAUGGUCCAGCACUCUGGUCUUAACCAGUAUGUGACCUUCUUGCGGUCAUUCUCAGACAAACAGAAAAUCUCACUCCUGCAUGGCUGUAUGUGUGUGCUGUAUACACCAAGCAAUGAGCACUUCGGCAUCGUCCCUCUCGAAGCCAUGUACAUGCAGUGUCCAGUCAUUGCUGUCAAUUCAGGUGGCCCCUUGGAAUCCAUUGUCCACAGUGUCACAGGCUUUCUGUGUGAGCCUGACCCAGUGCACUUCUCAGAAGCAAUAGAAAAAUUCAUCCAUGAACCAUCCCUAAAAGCCACGAUGGGCCUGGCAGGAAGAGCCAGGGUGAUGGAGAAAUUUUCCUGUGAAGCAUUUAGAGAACAGCUCUACCAGUAUGUCACAAAACUGCUGGUAGGAUAGACUCUUACCAGGUUCUUUGUGCCACACUCACUCAUGUUAUUUUUAUGGAUUAUAAACCCAUUUUUGAUACCAGAAGAGAUGUUUUAAAAAUAAACUUGAGUCUCGAAUCUGAACUACCUUCCUGUAUACCACACCUUCCUGUGUAUUUUUUCAAAAAACUAAUAUCUAUGACCAUUCCAAGUCUUAUGAUGUUCAGUAAAUUUUAUUUUCUCUGGA